GUCCAUUCGUUUCUAUUUUGUUCUUCCUCGUUCUAUCAUCACUUUCUCAGAAAUACUCUGCUCCCAUUAUCGCGUUUCGGCCGUGCCCAACGCGGUUUGUCCUCGUUAAAACAUGAUUUAGGACAAUCUCUUUUACUCUAUAUAUAUAAGUAAUUCCUUCUUGCCCUUUGCAAGUAUUUAAGAAUUCCUUUCCCCUUCAACCAGGUCAUCUGUUUUCUCUCUUUACUAACUAUCUAAGAAUUCAUUUCCCCUUCAAGCAGGAAUCCAGUUAUUGCUGAAGUUUUUGAGAAAACAAUUCUGUCAAACUUAAAUACUACUGCUUCAGCAUUGCCAACAGGGCACUAGGAGAAAAGGGAGAAACACAUGUCAAAGUUUAACAUAAAUUCCUUUCCAUCUUCCUCAUGGCAAAUCCGAAGCUCUUUACAGGGUCCGGUUGCCAUCCUUUGGGACAUUGAGAACUGCCCUGUACCAAGUGACGUGCGUCCGGAGGAUGUGGCCGGUAAUAUUAGGAUGGCUUUACGGUCCCAUCCUAUAAUUGAUGGAGCAGUGACAAUGUUUUCAGCAUAUGGGGAUUUUAAUGCAAUUCCAAAGCGACUAAGAGAGGGAUACCAGAGGACAGGUGUCAAACUCGUAGACGUACCCAAUGGGAGAAAGGAUGCAGCAGACAAGGCAAUCUUGGUCGACAUGUUCCUUUUUGCUCUUGAUAAUCGCCCACCCUCAUCAAUCCUGUUGAUAUCGGGAGACGUAGAUUUUGCUCCUGCCCUUCAUAUUCUAGGUCAACGUGGAUACACCAUUAUCCUUGUUAUUCCGUCUAGGACAGGAGUCUCUUUGGCUUUGAGUAAUGCUGGCAGGUUUGUAUGGGACUGGUCUACUGUGGCUCGUGGGAAAGGGUCUGUGCCCUGGGCUAAGACCACAAUUCCUUGUGCAGAUGUUGUUGGUUUUCCAUUGGGAUUUCCAAUCAACGGGUGUAUAGACAGUCCAAAUGAAGAAGAAGAAGAAGCAAUAUUAUAUAAUGGCAUCUCGAAAAGCUAUUAUAAUACCCAUGAUUGCUCGAUGAUAUCAGAGUCUAUGUCUGAAUGUAAUGGUAAUUCAGUAUCUUUACCCAAAAAUCCUAUGACUUCAAGAUCACAAACUCUACGCUGUGGUUUGGAUGAAGUUUCAUUAGGUAAGCUUGCUUCUAGUGAGCCAAAUGACGUGACCUGUGUACAGCCACAAGGCCUAAAACCACAGGGUGAUCUAAACGUUUUGAAGGGACAACUCGUAAAGUUACUUGAAUUGUCAGGGGGAUGUUUACCACUACUCCGGCUAACUGGAGAAUACCACAAAAUGUACAGGAAGCAUCUGUGUCUGUCUGAAUAUGGCGUAUCGAAGCUUGUAAGACUUCUGGAAAAAAUGGAUGAUUUGAUGAUUGUUGAGGGAAUAGACAAAGAGAGAGUCGUCUACCUCUGUAACUCAAACUCCAGACCAGAUAUUCCUUCCUUUAUUUUAGCAAAGAAGGAUACUGAAGAGAAAGGAGCUUUAGAGGAUAACCUUGACGUUAUGGCAGACUCUGGAUCUUCAGGGGAAUUCCCCAACAACGAAAGGGUGGUUGUAGAGGAACAUGGAGAUGUUACAAUGAGACUCAAGCUCGAGCAAUUUCUUCGUCAGUUCUGUUCAGGUGAUUUACCAGCAAAGGUAUAAAAAAAAUGCUGGAUUAUCCAAACUAGGUUUGGCGAAGGUGAGAGUUGAUCAUACACUCUAGACAGAAUUAAGGGAUAAAAAUAAAUUAAAAUCGUACUUGUUUACUUGAAGACAUACAUGCCAGCAAAGGAGUGAUGUCUCAGGUAUUCUCAUUGUUACCUUGUUCGUACUUGUACCCAUAUUAUUGAAACUUUUACAGGUGUGAUCGUCUCUGUUAUUAUACUUCUCGUCCCACUCAAUCUUGCAUGUUCACCGUACAAUGAUCGACGCAAUAUUAUGUUAGCCUAGCUUGUUCUUGUGGACCAACGAGGGGAAAUAUUUCUGUAAAUUGACUUGCGUCUGUAAUGAUGAUUUAAUUGGUACAAGUUACUGUCUCUUUUUGUAAAUUGGCUUAAUCUUAUCUAUGAUUCCAGUAUCUCUUGUGAUAAAAGAAGCAUACAACAGUCUUGUAUUGAAUUUUAUGUUUUA